AUGUCCCCCUCAUUUCCCCUCUCGUCGCCCUCGUUUCCCUCCCCAUCGCCCACAUUUCGCUACCUGUCGCUCACAAUUCCCUCCAUCCUCCCUUCCUCUCAUCCGCCCUUCCUCUCGUCCGCCCUUCUCUCACAUCCUCUCUCCCUCUUAUCCGCCCCUCCUAUCGUCCUCAUUUCCACUCGUCCUCCCUACCCUUCUUUCACCACGCGCCCUCAUCCGCCCUCCACCUCAUCCGCCCUCCCCCUCGUCCGCCCUCCCUCUCAUCCACCCUUCUUCUCGUCCUCCCUCCCCCUCAUCCAGCCUCCCCCUCAUCCGCCCUUCAUCUCAUCCUCCCUUCUCUCAUCCAACCUUCCUCGCAUCCCCCCUUCCUCUCAUCCUCCUUUCCUCUCAUACAACCUCCCUCUCAUCCUCCUCUCCUCUCAUCCGCCCUUCCUCUCAUCCGCCCUUCCUCUCAUCCGCCCUUCACGCUCUCAUCCUCUCUCCUUCUCAUCGUCUCUCCCUCUCAUUCGCCCUUCAUCUCGUCCUCCCCUCAACUCGUAUUCCCUCCCCUACUUCAGCCCCCCCCCCCCCUCAUCCGCCAUCCCUAUCAUCCACCAUUCCUCGCGUCCACCCUUCCUCGCAUCCGCCCUUCCUCUCAUCCACCCUUCCUCCUUCUCUCCCAUCCUCUCUCCUUCUCAUACUCCCUUUCUCUCGUCCUCCCUUCCUCUCAUCCCCCCCUCCUCUCAUCCUCCUUUCCACUCAUCUCCCUUUCCUGUCAUCCUCCCAUCCCCACAUCCGCCCUUCCUCUCAUCCGCCCUUCCUCUCAUCCGCCCUUCUCUCCCAUCCUCUCUCCUUCUCAUACUCCCUUUCUCUCAUCCUCCCUUCCUCUCCCCUUCCAUUCCUCUCAUCCCCCCUUCCUCUCAUCCUCCUUCCCUCUCAUCCGCCCUUCCUCUCAUCCGCCCUUCCUCUCAUCCGCCCUUCGCGCUCUCAUCCUCUCUCCAUCUCAUCGUCUCUCCCUCUCUUCCUCCUUUCCCUCGUCCACCCUUCUUCUCGUCCUCCCUCCCCCUCAUCCGUCCUCCCCCUCAUCCGCCCUUCCUCUCAUCCUCCCUUCCCCACAUCCGCCCUUCAUCUCAUCCUCUGUUCCCCUCGUCCUCCCUUCCUCUCAUCCCCCCCUCCUCUCAUCCUCCUUUCCUCUCAUCUUCCUUUCCUGUCAUCCUCCCAUCCCCACAUCCGCACUUCCUCUCAUCCGCCCUUCUCUCCCAUCCUCUCUCCUUCUCAUUCUCUCAUUCUCUCAUACUCCCUUUCUCUCAUCCUCCCUUCCUCUCCCCUUCCAUUCCUCUCAUCCUCCCUUCCUCUCAUCCUCCUUCCCUCUCAUCCGCCCUUCCUCUCAUCCGCCCUUCCUCACAUCCGCCCUUCACACUCUCAUCCUCUCACCUUCUUAUCGUCUCUCCCUCACAUCCUCCUUUCUCUCAUCCACCCUUCUUCUCGUCCUCCCUCCCCAUCAUCCGCCCUCCCCCUCAUCCGCCCUUCAUCCCAUCCUCCCUUCCCCCCAUCCGCCCUUCAUCUCAUCCUCUGUUCCCCUCUUCCCCCCUUCCUCUCGUCCUCCUUCCCUCUCAUCCCCCCUUCCUCACGUCCUCCUUUCCUCUCAUCCGCCCUUCCUCACGUCCUCCCUUCCUCUCGUCCUCUCUCCCCUACUUCCGCCCCCCCCCCCUCAUCCGCCCUCCCUAUCAUCCACCCUUCCUCUUGUCCACCCGUCUUCUCGUCCUCCCACCCCCUCAUCCGCCCUUCUUCUCAUCCUCCCUUCCCCACAUCCGCCCUUCAUCUCAUCCUCCCUUCCCCACAUCCGCCCUUCAUCUCAUCCUCCCUUCCCCACAUCCGCCCUUCAUCUCAUCCUCUGUUCCCCUCGUCCUCCUUUCCUCUUAUCCUCCUUUCCUGUCAUCCUCCCAACCCCACAUCCGCCCUUCCUCACAUCCGCCCUUCCUCUCAUCCGCCCUUCCUCACAUCCGCCCUUCCUCUCAUCCGCCCUUCUCUCUCAUCCUCUCUCCUUCUCAUUCUCCCAUUCUAUCAUACUCCCUUUCUCUCAUCCUCCCUUCCACUCCCCUUCCAUUCCUCUCGUCCCCCCAUCCUCUCAUCCUCCUCCCUCUCAUCCGCCCUUCCUCUCAUCCGCCCUUCCUCUCAUCCUCCCUUCCUCUCAUCCUCCUUCCCUCUCAUCCGCCUUUCACACUCUCAUCCUCUCACCUUCUUAUCGUCUCUCCCUCACAUCCUCCUUUCUCUCAUCCACCCUUCUUCUCGUCCUCCCUCCCCAUCAUCCGCCCUCCCCCUCAUCCGCCCUUCAUCCCAUCCUCCCUGCCCCACAUCCGCCCUUCCUCACAUCCGCCCUUCCUCUCAUCCGCCCUUCCUCACAUCCGCCCUUCCUCACAUCCGCCCUUCUCUCCCAUCCUCUCUCCUUCUCAUUCUCCCAUUCUAUCAUACGCCCUUCCUCUCAUCCUCCCUUCCUCUCAUCCUCCUUCCCUCUCAUCCGCCUUUCACACUCUCAUCCUCUCACCUUCUUAUCGUCUCUCCCUCACAUCCUCCUUUCUCUCAUCCACCAUUCUUCUCGUCCUCCCUCCCCAUCAUCCGCCCUCCCCCUCAUCCGCCCUUCAUCCCAUCCUCCCUUCCCCCCAUCCGCCCUUCAUCUCAUCCUCUGUUCCCCUCUUCCCCCCUUCCUCUCGUCCUCCUUCCCUCUCAUCCCCCCUUCCUCACGUCCUCCUUUCCUCUCAUCCGCCCUUCCUCACGUCCUCCCUUCCUCUCGUCCUCUCUCCCCUACUUCCACCCCCCCCCCCUCAUCCGCCCUCCCUAUCAUCCACCCUUCCUCUUGUCCACCCGUCUUCUCGUCCUCCCACCCCCUCAUCCGCCCUUCCUCUCAUCCAACCUUCCUCUCGUCCACCCUUCCUAUCAUCCUCCCUUCCUCUCAUCCGCCCUUCCUCGCUUCCUCCCCUCCUCUCAUUCUCCCUUCCUCUCGUCCACCCUUCCUCUCAUCCCCUCCUCCUCUCAUCCUCCCUUCGUCCCAUCCGGCCUUCCUCUUAUCCUCUCCCCUCAUCCUCCCUUCCUCUCAUCCCCCCUUCCUCACAUCCACCUUUCCUCCCAUCCUCCCUUCCUCCCAUCCGCCCUCAUUUCCCUUCCUGUCGUUCCUCAUUUCCCUACCUGUCGUUCCAUAUAUCUGAUUCCUCCAUUCCAAUCUUUCCUCCUUCAACCCUGCCCUCCUUGCCUCCUCAUUCCAGUGCGGGUCCUGGAGGAGAGAGCGCUGGCCAAGUUGUGAGGAUGCAUCUGGAAUCCGACUCGAAGGCCUUCUGGAAGCGCAUGGGGAGAGGGACCACAACGGUGGAGGAUCUGUUAGCGAGGCCAGACCGAUCACUGAUAGGUGUAGAGUUUGAGUUUCCAAAAUGGGAGAGAGGAAAAAAUGGCGAGCCUAGAAGAGUGGAAGGAAACGGAUGGGGCGGUGCACGCAACCAAGCUGCAGCAAGCGUCCCGACGGUAGAAGAAACCCCACAAACAAAUGAGGACGGGCAUGGGCCGUGCUUGUCGGCCAAGAACGUGUAUGGGGUCGAGGGGCCAACGGAGAGCAUGCUGCAUAUCUGUGAAGAGAGUGGCCGAGACCUCACACGGGAG